AUGUCCAUGAGCGCGAACACCAUGAUCUUCAUGAUUCUGGGGGCGUCGAUCGUGAUGGCCAUCGCGUGCUUGAUGGACAUGAACGCGCUGCUGGACCGAUUCCACAACUACAUCCUCCCGCACCUGCGGGGCGAGGACCGCGUCUGCCACUGCAACUGUGGCCGGCACCACAUCCACUACGUGAUCCCGUACGACGGGGACCAGUCGGUGGUGGACGCCUCCGAGAACUACUUCGUGACAGACAACGUCACCAAGCAGGAGAUCGACCUCAUGCUGGGGCUGCUGCUCGGCUUCUGCAUCAGCUGGUUCCUGGUGUGGAUGGACGGCGUCCUGCACUGCGCGGUGCGCGCCUGGCGGGCCGGCCGGCGCUACGAUGGCUCGUGGACCUGGCUGCCCAAGCUGUGCAACCUGCGGGAGCUCGGCAGGCGGCCGCACAGGCCCUUCGAGGAGGCGGCCGGGAACAUGGUGCACGUGAAGCAGAAACUCUACCACAACGGCCACCCGAGCCCGCGGCACCUUUAAGCCGCGCGCAGGACUCGCGGGGCCACCGGCCUCCGCGCCCUCG